AUGGCGGCCAGGAUCAGCUCCUGCUGUGAGUACCGCUACGCUCCGGGCUUCCAGCAGGGCCGGGGAAGCUGCUUCAGACUGGCGUGGCUGUCGGGGGGGAUGCCCUGUUACAGAUGUACGAGUGUUCGAAACAAAUCCAGCUCAUGUCAGCAGCUGAACCAUGGCGCGGAAGACAACUUCCGAGAACUUCCUCUGGACCAAACACCCAGCAACGGCGACGUGGGUUUGUGCCCCUCCUCGCCUCUGUUCAUCCCGGUCAAACCCGAGAAAGCUGCCAGGCCGAGGAGGAAACAGAAGAAGGAGGACAGCAGCAGGUCCACAGACAGCCAGGCCAGCGCCGCAGUCCGGCACGACAGGAAGCCCAAACGGCACCGAGGCCCGUCUGGUCACAGAGACGAAAGCAAGGAGAGCGAGAGGGGCCCGGGGUCACAGAGGUCAGGAGAGCCAAGCGAGAGUGAGGGCCCAGUGUCACCCGUCCAGAAACUACAGAGCCGACAGAAGAAGCCCAAGAAAGCGAAGAACCCUCAGAAAGACCACCAGGAGUCCAAUAACACAGUCAUGGUCUCUGAUUCAUUGCAGGAUGAGGAAGCUCUGAGUAAGCAGAACGGCAAGAAAGAGAGAGAUUUGGGAUCAAAUGAGAAAAGCAGAACUGGGGAAAGACGGAGAGACUUCUAUGAAGAGUGUGUGGAAAUGAGCGCCGGGCUGGACCUGAGCCCAAACAAACAGCACCUCUUCAAGGCAAACAUCCUGGAGAGACGGCGUCUCCAGAAGAGGCUGUCCUCGGGGCCCAACGCCACCAGCUCCGACGUGGAGCCGAGCGAGGAGAGUGACAGCCCUCUGGAGCCCGACACACACCCAGAAGAGCGGACCACAGAGGACAAGCCAGGAGACGUCCCUGAGCAAGACCUGCAGACACAGCUGAACGCCAUGAUGACAGUGCUGAACGGGUCGGACGAGGUGGAGCAGCUGGUUCUGAGGAACACGGGCCUGACGGAUGAGCUCCUCCAGAGCCUGGCCCUGGGGCUGAAGGCCAGCCCUUCCGAGGUCACUCUCCUCAACCUCAACCUCAACCACGUGGGCCCCUACGGAUCCCUGGUGCUCCUGGACCUGCUGAGAGCCAAGCCCCAGGUCAGGGCUCUCCUCUUGUUCGGGAACCAGCUCGGCGACUCGGGAGUUCUGACGUUGCUGAGCGGACUAGCAGAGCUACAGACGCAGGAGACGAUCCAACCGGACCAGGGCAUGACCUCUCACCCCGAGUUCUCCUCCCUCCUUGCUUCCGGGGUCUCUGUCUACAACUUUGUGCUACUGGAGUUGGACCUGGGAGGAAACGGGCUGAGCAGUGAUGGGCUGAAGGUGUUGGCCUCCUACAUGAGACACUAUUCCCAGCUGCAGUAUCUGGGGCUGGCUCAGACCAGGGCUGGGGACCUGGAGGCAUGGGCCGAGCUGUUCCAGAGCAUUAAGGGGAACGCAUCCCUCCAUCACAUCAUCCUGGACGAGAGCGACCUGGGAGACGUGGGCGUCAGGCUGUUCGCUGACAUGCUGAUGGUGAACUGGAAUCUGAGGAAGGUGGACCUGGACUGCAAUGGCAUCAGUGACGUCGGGGGUGGGGACCUCCUGACCGCGUUGCUCUGCCGAGGACAGGCCGCCGUCCACCACCUCAGUCUGGAGAGGAACCAGGUCAGCGACGGACUGAUGAGUCUCAUACAACAGGAAGUCACAUGUCUUUGAGACAAACGUCGUGUUUCGGGUCUGCUGUCUGGAGCCAGAGCGAAGGGCACGAAGCAGGAGUCUCACAGGAGAGAAGAGAGUCCAGGGAGAGACAUUUCUUUGUCUUCUGGAAUGUUCUGGAGUGUAUCGCGUACGUUGUAUAGGAACAAGGGAAAGCAGGGAAGAGAACAUCUCAGGCUACUAGUUUGUCCUUUUAAAAAUAAAUCUAGCAGGUCUUUCCCAGUGAACUGGAUCUGAUUUAAAUAUAUCUGAACAUCUCAGCAGGUUUGGGCUGUGGUUUGGAGCCCUUGAAUGAAGCCUUUCUUCUAUGUGGUUUACCUCUUUUUUCUCCCAACCCUGAAGGACGCACCUCAUAGCCACUCUCACCCCUUCCUGUUGAUUCAUCCAGAAACACCUGAAACUGUUCAGAAGAGCUUAAUGAUCUCUGGAAUAACAUGUUUGAGAAGUUUACA